AGCUGUAUUCCGCUGGAUACCUUCACCAUGGGUGUUUUCACCUCCCCGUCGGUUUCUCAUGAGAAGUUUGUUCGUCUUUUGUGUUUAUUUUCCAGAAAAAUAUAAUUAUAGAAGCUUUUUAAAAUAUUCUGCGGAAUACGUUCAUUUCUUAAUUAUAUUUUUUGAUGAUAAAUUGUGGGUGUGUCUUGUAGUUCAUAGUUCUUGACAUCGCACAUGUGAAAAUUAGGAUUUUGACGGAUCUGAUUUAAUGCAAUGGCGACGUUGUUACUUUCUAUUAUGCUAUCUACGUUUCUUUUAAUGAUUUUUUAUUGUUGUGCUUCUGAAGACUCUCGUGAUUACGCGGUGCCAGUGCUAAAAUAUCGACGAUAAAGAAAAUAUUAUUCUCCGGUGUAAGAGAACUUACAAUGUUAAAAUAUUAUGAUGGACCGGUGAAGCAAGUUCAAAUCGGGCGGGCUCUAUUAUUCCUAAAGCAAUACUAUUUUCUCUUUUCUCUAUUUUCUUAGAAACAUACUGCAUUUAUGCAAUAACUUAUUUUAUUAUCUAUAUUAUCAUCAUCUUUUUUUUAAACUUAUCGAAGAAAGAUUGUAGAAGCACUGAUUUAAAACUUAAAUUUAGAUUUUUAUUUCGUAUAUCUUUAGAAAUAUGUUCUUAUGCUUUUAUUCUUUUAUGCGUUUAUACAGUAUUUUAUUCUUGAUACAAGAACAGGGUAUGCUUAUAUGUAUGUGCAUAUGUUCGCAUGAUCCAAAAAUGAUCCGAGCGUAUCAUUCCAAGUGAAAAUGUAUAAAUUAUUAUUCUUUAUGUUGUUUAAGCAAUUUAUAGUUAACUAAAUAAAAAUCAGUAAAUUGCAAAGUGAUACGAUAAAAAAAUUUUUUUUUCUUAUUUUUCCGUAUUUACAAUCAAGCGUUUCAAAGUGUAAAUUUAUUAUUUCUUUCUUAUAUUAUCCUUAUUAUAUAAUAUAAAGUUACUAUUUGUAUAACAGCAUUUUGAUAAUGAUUGAAUAUUUCAAUAUAUAAUGUUACAAUUGUUCGAAAUAGCUUUAAUGUUCCUGUAAGUAGUGUUCAAUUGUAAGACUAAUACUAAAAUUGGUGAUCUACAACCUAACUUGAAAUACAGAAGGGCCAUAUUAUGACGUCAAGCUUGGAUCAGCGCGAAUCUGACGAAAAUGCGUACACCAAUCGAGCAUACCUCUGUUUUUUUAUAUUAGUAAUGUUAGGCACAGAUGAGAUAAGGUGUCAUUGUCGUGAAUGACUAUUUAAAUGGACUCUUCUGUUUAUUAUGUUCUCUACUAAAACUUUUAAAUAAUUCCUAGUGAACAUUUACUAUGUUAGAUGCCGAUGAAAGAGAUGCCAGUUUCUUGAGAAGAAGAGAAGCUUCGAGAAAAAAAGUUGUCAAUUUUACGAAUUAUAUCGUAUUUUAAAGACUUCUCUGCAUUUCUUCAUUUUUUUAAAGUGAUUUCUAUGCAAACAUUUUAAAAACCAAAGUGUACUUUAGUGUUUACCUUGUACAUUUGUGCUGUACUGAAUAAGUGGACUCUAUAGAUUCACAAGAAAUUUUUUAAUUAAUUAAAAAGUUGUAGCAAGACAUGUGUAUUAUGAAAAUUUUAUAUUUACAUAACCAUUCCUCAGUAUUUAUGCAGAAGGAUCAAACGUGAAAAUAAUUGAAAGAAACUUACAACAAGAAUUUUUAUAUUUUAUGAUACAGUGACGGUGAAUUUGUAUAUUGGACAAAUUUGAAAUUAUAUACAAAAAAAAUGGGUAAUUGUUUCAGUAGUCCGACAGACACAGAAAAAGAAAAGCCUGAUAGAAUAGGCAAUCCUAAUAUAGAGGCAGUUGCGUCUCAAGCUAGUCCAGUGCCAACGCCACCUCCGGAUCCUAUUAGGCCUAUGCCACAAAUUCCAGAUGCGGAUGUGCCAACAGCAAAAAUUUUUGUUGCACUUUAUGACUAUGAUGCACGUACAGAUGAAGAUUUAAGUUUUAGAAAAGGUGAACAUCUGGAAAUUUUAAAUGAUACUCAAGGAGAUUGGUGGUUAGCCAGAAGUAAAAGAACCCGGCAAGAAGGAUAUAUUCCUAGUAAUUAUGUCGCAAAAUUAAAAUCUAUUGAAGCUGAACCAUGGUACUUUAGAAAAAUUAAACGAAUUGAAGCAGAAAAAAAAUUAUUACUGCCUGAAAAUGAUCAUGGUGCAUUUUUAAUCAGAGAUUCUGAAAGUAGACAUAAUGAUUAUUCUCUUUCAGUACGGGAUGGUGAUACAGUUAAGCAUUAUCGAAUUAGACAGUUGGACGAAGGAGGUUUCUUCAUUGCUAGAAGAACCACAUUUAGAAAUCUUCAGGACCUUGUUGAACAUUAUAGUAAAGAUGCUGAUGGAUUAUGUGUAAAUCUCUGCAAACCCUGUGUACAGGUUGAGAAACCUGUAACCGAGGGUCUUAGCCAUCGCACACGGGAUCAGUGGGAGAUAGAUCGCUCAUCGCUCAAAUUUGUGAGAAAAUUAGGACAAGGGCAAUUUGGAGAAGUAUGGGAAGGAUCAUGGAAUAAUACGACUGCGGUAGCAAUAAAAACGCUUAAACCAGGAACAAUGGAUCCGAAAGAUUUCUUAGCAGAAGCACAAAUUAUGAAGAAGCUUCGUCAUGCAAAAUUAAUUCAGUUGUACGCUGUUUGUACUUUAGAAGAGCCUAUUUAUAUUAUCACAGAACUAAUGAGGAAUGGUAGUUUGUUAGAAUAUUUACAAGGAAAAGGGAAAAGUUUAAAUCUACAACGAUUAAUUGACAUGGCUGCACAGAUUGCAGCUGGUAUGGCAUACCUCGAAUCGCAGAAUUACAUUCAUAGAGAUUUAGCUGCCCGUAAUGUUUUGGUAGCUGAAUUAAAUGUUGUCAAGAUAGCAGAUUUUGGUUUAGCUAGGUUGAUCAAAGAAGAUGAAUAUGAAGCUCGGGUAGGAGCGCGUUUUCCUAUCAAGUGGACUGCGCCUGAAGCUGCAAAUUAUAGUAAAUUCAGUAUUAAAUCUGAUGUAUGGUCAUUUGGUAUUCUCCUUACUGAAUUGGUUACUUACGGUAGAAUACCAUAUCCGGGUAUGACAAAUGCUGAAGUUCUUCAUCAAGUAGAACAUGGUUAUCGAAUGCCAUGCCCACCUGGAUGUCCAACCGCAUUGUAUGAUAUUAUGUUAGAGUGUUGGAAUAAGGAUCCAAUGAAGAGGCCAACCUUCGAAACACUGCAAUGGAAACUCGAGGAUUUCUUUACUAUGGAAGGCUCAGAGUAUAAGGAAGCAUCUGCAUAUUGAAGUACUAAAAUAAUUUAUAGUUCUUGGUUAUAAUGUUUCAGUAAAAUAUCGUUAAGGUUUAAAUAAUACCAUUUAUUUUUUUAGUAAUACGAUUAUAAUAAUUGUUUUUGUUACAUAUUCUGGCUGCCAUAAAAUUGUAGACCAAGUUUGUCAAUUUACAAGUUAUUAUAACAAAUUGAAUAUUGGAACGUCGAUGAUUUAAACGAAAAAAGACAAUAGCCAUGGAAGUUAAUAUUUUUAAAGUAGGAAUUUGUUGGUUAUAAAUCAUGACGAGAAUUGUCAUGCAAUUCUCAGAAGUACUAUAAAUAUUUGACAUAGGUAAGGAAGUCACAGACAUUGCACAGCCAAUUUAUGUAAACUUUCCAUCUUCUUGAAUGGACAUUUUAUUAGAAUUUGAAUUAUACAUUUAUAAGACGGAUUAUCAUCUGUCUUGACUUAUCAUUCCUUCUUCAGUUUCAUUUCUUUUUUUUUAAAUUUUUUUUUUAUUUUAUUAACAUCAAAGCAAUUUAUUGUUGUUAAACAUCUGAAAAUAUAAUACACAUGUUCAGAAUUUAUGAAAUAUUAUAAUUAUACUAUGAUAAAAUUUAUGAGUGGCCUGUUUAAGUCAAUAUAAAUAUAAGGCAAAUUUUUUAAAUAUUUAUCAUUAAAUACAUUCAUUUUAUAACUCAUUUGGAUAUGUUAACACUCAAUUAUCCUUUAAAAAAAAAUACAUGCAUAUUAACUAGAAGCAAUGCAUCUAAUCUAAAAAUUAUCCUUAAUUGUUCAUAAAAAUAUAGUAAAUGUGUAAAAUAACAUAAGAAAGUAUACAAGGGUAUUAAUAAUAAUAAGUAUGUAAACUAUUAACGGUCAAAAUUUUUUUAUUUAAUCAUGUAGAAUAUAUUAGGGUUACAAAAUUAGUAUUAAUUAUUAUAUUUUACUUGAGUAUAUUUUCAGUGAAUUUACUAUU